CUUGCAGCCUCAACGGUUGCGCAGGAUGGAUUGCACCAGCGAGAAUCAUGGUCAGUGCUUGACGUCCUUGCUGUCUGCCCACCUCGCCGGCGGCUCUAUCAUCACAAACAACGCCCCUGGGCUUUUCUCUCGCUUUGGAAUGCUGGGCGGCUCAUGGCGCUUCCCUAAUAAUCUUUAUCCCAAGCACCUCCUUUCUCUCUUUUCCCUUGGUACCUAGCAGCCGGGCUACCCAACAGGAUAUCUUAGCAUCAGCGUGCACUCCUCUGUUAUCAUGUCUGGAUAUCAGCCAGACUACCUCAACGACAAUAACACGCGCCCCAGCACCAACAGCCCGUUCUCUCCCACUUCUCAAUCCCCGUCCUUCAAGCCAAACGUCAACCGCAAGAAAACCAAGCGGUGGGUCAAUGCAAAGACCUACAGCUACGACGGUGACGACUGGGGGGAUAGUGGGGAUGAUGACAUCUACGACGCGUAUUUGGAUCCCAACCACUCUCAUCCGCCCCCUCUUCCAGAACACCACCCCCAUGACCGAUCCGGAAAGCAACCCGCCAUGUUCUCAGAAUCUGGCGAUCAAUCGCCAUCUACAUCUUCAACAACCAAGGCCCAUGAUAAACCUGGGGAGCUAAGCCCAGUUGUGGGACGCGAUGCAGAUGCAAAUCCUGCGAACUCAUUGCCCAUCGUUCGCCCCGUCGAAAUAUACCGGCGAUUGAACGAAGAACGGGAGAAACAGCGACUCAAGGCCGCUGAGGCAUCCCACUCAUCUCACGACUCAGAGGCUGCUCCCCACCAACCUCCACUGCCGCCCAUCGAUCGGAUGACUGCAUACAACCCAUCUUCCCCGACGCACCAAGGAAAUGUGGACUCCCCCGGGGACAAUACUCCGAGACCUCGGCUUGAGAGUCCCCAGGAGCAAAGGCCCUUGGAGCCUAGGAUUGCUAGCCCCGUCGGCACGACAGUGGAGGGCAAGGUUUCAUUUCCCUCACCGCAGUCUUCGCCUGAUCAACCAUCGGAUAUAAAGUCAUCUGAUGCUGACGCUAAAUUACCCGAAUUAAGGCCAUUUUCUGGCUUUGGGGAUCCUUUCGUGAGCUCGCCCGGCUGCGAAGUUACAGAAGAUGUAAAAACCCCUGGUGCCCAGGAUUUGAAUCAACCGUCCGAUCUCGACCGUAACCCUUCACUUGGAUUUCGUUCAGUGGUUCACCAAGCAUUUGAUUUCCCCGAUACUCCCGCUAGCGACUCCGGGACUAUGUCACGGUCAGAUAGCAACACGACAUCUCUUAUAAGCCCUAUCAUAAAAUCCGAGACACUCUCUGUAAUUGAUGAAGGCCGUGCUCCGACAAUUGCAGAAGAAGAUGCGAGUUCGACAGCCAAGCGCCCGCUAACCCCGCCCCCUGCCAGUAUCACGCCUGGCCAUCGCCGAAGUUUAUCACCCCCUGACCCAAAGAACAGCCCUGCGAGACGAGCUGUUGUAACGCCUGUCGAUCCUACAAUCCGUCCUCAAUCCGCCUGUACAUUAGAAUCUCCCAUUCAACAACAGAAUAACUCUCGAUCAAGUGUGGAUGUCAGGGAAAGCGAGCAGGGAGGAGGAGCCAAUGAUUUUCAACAUCCGACGACUGAGGCUGCUCAUGACACAGAGCCAUUGGAGAAGAAAGAACCAUAUACAACGUCUCAACAAGGAACUAACCCUGAGGACGAACAAAGAAAUAUCCGGGCCCCAAUGGUUGAUACUCAUUUCCAGUCUUCACAAGCUACCCCUACGUAUUCGGAAACGAUCUCGGCUUCCAGCAUCAAUACUUCAAGUGCAAAAGAGUUAAAUGACCGCCUACGAGAUGAAAUUAUCCGGUCACUGACUCCUAAUCCUUCCAAUCAAUCCCAGGACACGGCGCCGUCAACGGAUUCCGACGAUAACGACGGGCCUCAGAAGCGACAAGGAAUCACCUUAUCCCCGAGCGAACACAACAAUCACCGAAAUGAGCAAUUUGGCUCAGAUUCCUCCAAUCGCCCCGUGUCGCAAGUGGUCUUUCUUGGGCACAGAAAUACCGCAGGUGCAGCCGAAACGAGUCUAGUCCACUCCCAAUUUCAGGAGACUACGGACGUCUCACGAACCCCUGGCCCUAAUGCUGCUCCGGCAUCCCACUCAGUACAUCCUACCCUGAAGAAGAAAUUCUCGUGGGAAAUGGAUUCUGAAGAUGAGUCUGAAUCUUCCGAAAGCAAACCAAUAAUAGAGGAGCAUCCUGUAGCCACCCCUACUACAAACGAGGUGCAUAUCACACCCACAACCAUCCGGAGGGUUGAGGAUACUGAUACUGCUUCUCCUCAGGGCGAGGUAUCUGACCAACCAAUCCAACACUCACCACGCGCGACUCCCGGUGAAGCUGUAACAUCCUCAGCUGAAGGCGUCAAUCUAGAACCAGAACCAAAUUCAGAACAUCGCAGACACUCGUCAUCCGCCUCAACCCCAGGCGAAUCAAGUGAUAGUAAUAAUGUUAUCUUGCCUGAUCCUGAACCUUCGGGCGCAAAGAUAAGCGCGACUGCGACUGAUGGUGACAAGCUUCUUGGUUUCCGAGAGAUCAUGGCUAUCAAAACGCCCAGCCAGAAAAUCGCUGCUUUCAAUCGCACAAGAGACCAGUUUGCUGCCAUGGAUACUGGCCUCCAAGCCUGGCUGAACCAAGCCUCUACAGACCUGCCGGAACAUGCUGAUCUUCUCCGACAGAACGGCGCGCUACCAUCUGUGCCUACUACAGCACACAAACCGAUGACGUCUCGCACAAAAUUCCCGAAACUCUCUUCCGGCUCUGGGUCAUCGCGAACCCACAUAAGACACUCGUCUGGCACUCCGCUCAGCAGCAUGAUGCAUACUCAGCAGGUGCAGGCCAAGGGCAAGGACCUGUUGCACACCGCCGGGGUUUUAGGUGGAAAGGCAGGCGAUGCCGCAAAGGGCCUGUUUGCAAAGGGAAGGAGCAAAUUUCGACACAGCGGAAGUGCUGAAAAGGACUGUUGCCAAGAGGCGUCGGCCGAAACACUGAGCCCGCCUAGAACCCCGAUUUCCACUCCCCAAAGAUGUUCUGAGGAUAUGAUAGAGACGGAUAGUUUACAAAGAGAUCUUCCACGGUUAAGAUCCAUUAAAUUGGACUUAUCUCCGUUGGAAGAUUCUUUGAACCUCUGGUAUCCCGAGAGAAGGUCGUCGGUUCGGUCUUUACCUGAUGACAAGCGAGUCGCCAGAAUAGGCGACGAAAAGGUUCGGUCAAUGUCCAGUCCUGCGGGGGAGCGCAACUCUCUAGUCCUUGGGGGUCAAGAUUCCGGUCGACCUGUCCCUACAAACGACCACACACAGGUGGAUGGCAGCUCUUCCGAAGUUAAAGACCUUACGUCACGUCAUGGAUCCAUUUUGAUACCUUUACCUGGAUCAGGGAUCUUGGGUUCAUCCAGUCGUACCAACAGUAACGAUUCAAAACGGUCACCCGGGAAUCCAAGUAAGGGCAUAGAGGCGCACGGUUCGCAGCAUCAAAGCACUCAAGGACCUCAAGAAGAGUCUACAACGUUGACUGGAGCAGUGUUACCGAAACAACCACGAGGUUCUACACGUGCUUCUUUGUCUCGUAAAACCAGUAAAUCGUCGGGUAUAUCUACCGGCGAGCAGAUGCUUGUUCUUACUCCUAAUGGGUUGGAGUUGAUUCCCAGUGGCCCACCUGUAAGUGAAGUAACGUUUCUAGAUCAGGAGGAAGCAAGCAAAACGGGGUCAUCACGGAACUUCGACGUCAGCAAACCUCCCAGUCCGAGUCCUCCGGAAGGCUCAGUUGCACUGGGAAUCGAGGAGCAAAUUAUCUCACGCAAGUUUUCUUUUGAAGAGGGAGGGGGCUACAACACCGAAGUUGAACGGAGGCUUGUCUCUGAAAGACCUAAAGGAGAAUUCUCCAACUCUCGCCCUGGAUUCCCAAAGAACAAAGAACUCCAUCAGCCCAGUCCUAUGAAAGCAACAGCCCCUCUUCUCCACCCGGACACAAACUCAAGCCGUCCGUGCUCCCAAACUUCGACCAAGGCUACAAUCUCCCAUCUAAGACAUUUCUCUGUUCCCACAACCCAUCCGGCCCAUCAACGGCCCAGAGCCACUCAACGUAUGAGUUUGCGGAGUGAUGGUACCCAGCCGAGUCUUGUGUGCCCACGAGUUCAAGGAAGCCAUGUAUCAGCAUCUCAAAGCACUGUGGCUAACAUCGUCGCUGCUUCUGAUAACUCUCGGCGCUCGACCCAAAAUCAGUCUGGGCGGGUUGAGUUUUCACAUCGCAUCGGCCUGCCGCACAACUCAAGUCAAGCUUCCCCUCCCUCCUUAACCCCAAUCUCCCGCUCUCGAUUGUCCAUCUUUCUGUCAAAACUCCAUAGCAGUCAACCCAAAGAAAGGCCAUCCCAAAUAGCUCAGCAUCAAAACUUUUCAAAGAAUACCAGCACGGGGGUGGUGCAGUCGAUCAGCAACAACUUUUCGCGGCUUAAUACUAAAGCUGGACCAACCCACCAUCAUACUCCUGAUGGCAUCAAAGUCGUGGAUGAGCGAGAGACGAAGGAGGAUGAUACUAGCAUGAGGAAGAGAGGCCUUAAAUUUUUCAGACGAUUUGGCUAUGCUGGCGACCUGGGAAGCACUAAGAAGUUCACUCCUAUGGGGAUUAAGUCAGUUCAGAAACCUACCAGGCUGAAACAAAGCGCCGAAAGACCUCUGAUACCUUCAACACACCCAGAAGUGCCACCUGUCUCAGGGAACAAUGGUAGUAUGCAAGCUCAGACUGCCUCUUCAUCUGGAACUGGACGCUUUUAUCAGUCCUUGAAUGCUAGGCUACCUAACAUCACCGAGGGGUUGACUCUAGAUGAACAUAUAAAUUCACCUCCAGGGGGCUCGCAGUUGCAUUCAUCACCCAACACCCAGGGUAAUAAGGAUUCACUUGCCCGGACGAGGCACUCAGUCAGUAGUUACCCAGUCAGAAUUGCAAGUUCAGAUGUCAGUGCUACUUCUGGUCACUCCUCCAACCAUGCGUCGAUAUCUUCUACGAGGACCUCAGGGACAAAUUCACCAAUGCAAAGCUUGCGCCCUCAAAUGCGCAGCAUGACGCUUCCAAGCUCCGAAUUCCUACACACUAACGAAGACAACUUGACUGGAAACACUCCACUAGGACAGCAACGAGCGAGUUUGCACACUUCUGGUUUCCCGCACGGUUCACCCCCAGCACCGCGAGCGCCCAGUCAGCUGUCUAACGCUGUGCAUGACAUGCCGCCUCCGCCUCCGCCAAAGAUCCCACCUGGCUAUGCAUAUCCUGGUGCUGCUGCACCUUCAUGUAUACGCAUACGACCCCCUCCUACAGGCCAACGGCUCGGGACUGAACACUCGGCGCCCCUCUUCCACAUGGCAGUUGCACCCCACUCCUUUGACCCACCACAAACUUCUUUUGCUAGACGGGAGGUAAACAUUGAGCCUGUUGAACUUCCAACUCAUGAUGACUCAAGUGAGGAGAUUGUGAUGUCCAGCACCUCUUACCCUGGGCAAGAGUGGCAGCCCAGUGGCUUAGGUAAUUGGGAUUGAGUUCCUUGACCACUGCCAAAAGUUAUCAGCAUAUAACCCCCUCUGUUCUCUCUUGUUGCAUACCUAGCCUACUGCUACAGCUGUUGUUUUGCUUGUCUUCAAUCAGUUUGCUGGAAUUUUACAUCGUUAUAUACCCCAGUUUGUAGUAACUAGGUCACGUAAAGUUUCUUUUUCAAAAUUAACCCAAUAUUUCAUAAUUA